ACACAGCAUCAUGAGCAUACAGGUAGAACAGAAUGGCGGAAACCUACUGGAUUAAAUCUUUACAACCAAAUUAGUGUAAAAAUGUUGACGGAUCAGGAUUAUCUCUUCAUUAAAAAAAAAACAAAUUGGAUAAAAAUUUAUUAAAAACAUGAAAUAAGGAAAAAGAUGGAUAAAUAUUUAAAAAUUGAGCCAGCAUCUUUGGAAGAAAUGUUGGCAGCAUGCAAGGAUUUCAAAGAGAGACAAAACAUCCGCUGUGCCCUAAGGGAGAUUAAAGGACUCAAACUUGAGGGUACAGACAUCAUCACAUACUCAUUCGGGUCUAAAAGCGUGAAGCGUCUUUCAUCUGAUACAUCACCUAGAAAACAUCAGCUGCCACUAAAACCUAGUGCAAUAGAUAACAAAACUUACAAUAUUAAAGAUUUUGAUGUAAAUAACAAUGGUGAUUCAAAAUCUCAGGGAGUGAAGUCAAUUAAAGUUCAUAAUAACACAGAUGAAAAUGAAAAUGAAAAACCACAGUUUAGGAGUUAUUUGUAUGCUGGUACUUUAAGCUCUCCAAAAAAUUCCUUGCGUGGGAAGAAAGAUUUUCAAAGUCCAAGAAAAGUUCAUACUACCAUUACAAGAAUAAAUGUGUUGGACAAGUCCGAGUUAGUUGAUAAGUGUACUGAAACUGAAGAAGGAGUUAUUGACACAAAAGCUAGAACUGAAAUUCCAAUAUGUGGAAUAGAGUCUCAGAAAAUAGAUAAACAUAAAUCAUUUGAAAAGAAGGAGAAAAUCAAGAGAUAUGAAAGUACUCCAUUACCAAAGAAUGAAAGAAAAGAAGAUGAUAGUGCAGUGUUGGAUAUAAGUGCAAUAGAAUUCAGUGGAGAGUUGGAGAAAGUAAAACAAAUUUCAGUAUUACAUCGGCCAGUAAGUGUUAGUUCAUCUAGUCUCAAUAGUGAUAAUACACAUUCCCCAAGGACUCAAAUAUCACCUGUUAUUUCAUCCCCAAGAAAGCCAAGAAAAAUUGUUAGUUAUAGAACUAGUGCAUUUACACCUGCAACUAGAUUAAACCCUGUAAGUUCAACAAUUACAAGAACAAAAUUACAAAGUGCUCCACCCACUGUAGAUAAAUCUUCAGAAAAUUCAGUAAUAAAUAAUUCUCAGGAAAGAACAAAGGAAGUUAAAAGUGUAACUAUUGAUACCUCUCAGGAAUUGAAAGAUAUUCAAGGACUACUUGAAGACUGUAAUGAUACAUUUGUUGGUAGAUCAGUGGAAUCAAAAGUUCUACAAAACAAGAAUAGUGGAACUAUAAAACAAGAUAGUGCAGAAUCAGUUGAUACUCAAGAAGGAAUUUAUACCGCAAAAGCAGCUGAGAUUAAAAGAGACUCGUCUGGAGAAAAUUUAGUGUCACGAUUAAAAAGUAAGCUUGAAUCAAAACGAAAAAGAGAUUUUAAAAGUGAAAUACAGGAAUUUAGUUAUUUUACUAACAAAAUGAAAGAAAAGCAUGGCAAAGAGAAUAACACAGAAGAUAAAUUCAUUGUUUUAUCCCCAGUAAAAACUGACCCUGAUGACCAAGUUGGGGUAAAUGAAUUGAAUUCUGAUGUAAAUGUGAUUUCUAACUACACAAAUAACAAAACUAUGACAAUGGAAGAUAAUGUUGAUGAUGUUUUUUUCAAGAAAAAAAUUGCUCUGUCAAGGAAAAACAGAAUUGAUUCAGAUGAGCAGAAACAUUAUCGGAAAUAUCGUAAAAAGAAAACAGAUAGUGUUAAAAUCCCAGAAGAUCCAUAUUUACAUGAUGUCGUGAAUAAAGGGUUAAAUCCUAAUGAACAAAAGAGACAUUUGACGGAAAUGAGUCCAAGAAAGGUCAGUAAAACUGGUUCAGUAAGGAGAAAAUUGCCAGAAAUUCCAGUAAAACGUGACAUUGAAAUGGAAGAUGAUGAAACUGUUCAUCAGCGAACUAUUCGCCUUCUUCAGGAAAGGAAGAAGGAAAGAAGAGAAAAACUAACCAAUGAAAAAGAGAUUGUUGAUAAGGUUGAUAAAUCCAAAAUGAAUCCAGCUGAUCUCAAAAAGACACUGGAGCAAAAGUUAGAAAGAUCUGACUCCAAACGUAAAGCUUACCGAGUCAGACGUGAACUUCAGCUUUUAAAUAGGGAAAAUGAGCUAAAAUCUGGUUAUAAAUCUGAUGAUGAUACCUUUUCCAGCAGUGAUAAAACAGAUAAUGAAAUAAAUGGUAUAUUAACCUCUAAGGUUGCUGAUAAAUAUAGAAAAGAACCAGAAAGAAUACUUGUGCAGAGGUCAAAAUCUGACAUUGUGAGACGAAGAAGAGCUGUCAGUGAGACAGAUGUUCUGGUGAAUGAACCAAUGAAAGAUACUGAUGGAGAAGAAAGGGAAAGAAAUGUGCUCAAGAUGUUUGAAACAGAGGAACCACUAACACCUAUAGGGAAAAUUGAAUUGAUUGGUAGCUUGAUGCAAGAAGAGGCAAAACUCCAAGAAAUGCUUCGAAAGAGCGCAAAUUUCAGUGAGAAAAGGAAAAUGAGGGCAGAGGUACGACAACUCAGACAGAAAAGAAUGGCAUUAGAGGGAACAACCGAUGUACCUCCGGUUUCUGCUUUACGACGAUCUGCAUCUGUGACAGCAGGGGUGAUAACACAUGCCACACCAGUAUUCAUUGUAGCGCCUGAAAGAAAGGGUGAGAAAAAGCCAGAUGAAGAUACUAGCCCUUCAAGUAUUGAAGAGUUAAGAAAAAAGUUGAGUGAGACAGAAGACUAUGAUGAGAAGAAGAAAAUCCGGUUAGCACUGAGACAACUUCGUCAGCAGAAUAGAGAAGGUGCACAAUCAGGUCUUAAGAGAAGCCAAAGUUUUAUUCAUCAAAGAUCAUCAGAACCAAUUGUGAAUGGAACUGCUGAGAGCAAUCAAACUGUUCUCCGUAGUUGUAGUGUAGCAGAAAAGCGUGAUGCACACAUAGAUAGACAGAUAAAAGAGAAGAAUCAUGAAACUGAAACAAACAGAGACUAUUCACAUGCUAAAAAGGAAACUCUAAAGCAGUCUGAAGCUAGAACUGACAAAAGUAAACCAACUGUCCAAAGACAUUCUAGUUUUAAUUCAGAUAGAUGGAAUGAAACUGAGAAAAAGUCUGAAGAAACCAAAAAUUCUAAAAAUUUGCAUGAAACUGUCUUUCAGAGUAAUUCAGUGAACGGUUCAGCAUCCAUUAAUGGAAGUCCACUGAAGGAAUUAAACACUGACAAGAAAAAUGAAUCAAAUGAUAGACUGAGGCAUUCUCAGUGUGACAGCGUCAGGAGAAAAAGUGGAGACAAGGAUAAAAUAUGUGAUGUGCCAAAUGAUAAACAUGAUAAUUCUGGAGUAACACUUAUAAGAAAGUCUGGUAAAGAAACUGAAAAAACUCUGACACAAAGUGAAAUUCCAAAAUCUGUUACAGAUGUAAAGAAACCAGUUGAAUUUCUCAAAGAUACAGUGAUUAAAUUAGAAAAUCAGAAAAAGAAUAGAAUAUUUGAAAAAUGUGAGAUUUUUGAAAAAGCAGGUAGAAAGGAAAGUGACAGAAAAGUUAAAGAGCAUGAUAUUGAUAAUGAACAUGCUAAAUCCAAAGCUUCACAUAUUCUUGUAUCAAGGGCAGAUGUUGAAAGGAAUAAACAGAAUAAACUUGUGAAUCUGAGAAGAGAUAGAAGUAAUUCUGAGCCACAAAUUUGGUCUGUCCAUUCAGAUACAAGUUCUGCUAAAGAGGGUAAACAAGGUUCUAGUAAAAACAUUGAUAAAACUGAUACAGAUAGGUCUUGUAAAACACAUGCAGUUACAAAAGAUAUAGAUAAAAGACUUAAAAGAGACUUACAGUCCAAUAUCAAAGGUCAAGACAGGAAGUUUGGUAAAUCAGAGAAACAGCUGAAUACAACACAUGAAAAGGACAGCAGACUAAGUCCUAGUCUGCUUUGGUUAGAGGAAAAGCGAAAGUCUUUGCCAUUGUCAAAAGAUAUAGAUAAGUUAAUGUCUACAAUGGAUAUUGAAGCUGCAUUCUCUGAAAUUCUUGGAGCAGUGGAAGAGUUCCCAGAACAGAAUGACAUGACUGAUAUUUCAUCAGCAGAUGUUCCUAUUCUGGAGGAAGACAGCUGUGAAUCUUCAGAAAUGGAGGAAGAUUUGAAAAAACACACUUCAAAUGAUAUUAAUGGAGAGAAAGUUCAAAAUGAACCCAAAAUGGAUGUCAGUGUGAAAAAAGAUACAGAAAGCAAUGAGAUUAUUGAUACAGCAGAAAUCAAGUUAAAAAAUGUAAUUGAAGCAAGUGAAAAUGGCAGCAGUGCAAUACAGCAAAAUUCAGGAAUUAAAAAAUCAGAAGCAAAAAUUGAGCUAAGCAACAAUUUAUCUCUGGACGUAAAAGUAAAGCCUGAAGAUAAUGGUGCAAUAUCGGUGAUACAUGGUGACGAUGGAACAGUAACUGUCCAGGAAGUCAGCCAGGUGCAAGAGGGUGACACAACAAUCACAGAGUGGAAAAAACUCCGUAGGACCCAGAGUCGAACAGAGACACGUGAAACUGAUACUGUUGUUGAAAAGAAGAUAACCUCCCCUGGCGGGAGCUCUUCAGUUUAUGAAAAAGAUGUGUCGAAAACAAAACAUAAACUCACAUCACGAGGUUCUAACUAUUUUACUCGAAAUCACUACAACAUAAAACGCAAGAAAGAUUUGGACGGUACAGAAUUAGUAGAACAUGACUUGAGUUCUGUAACUGAAAAUAUGUCAGUAUCUAAAAAUGAAACAUGGGGAGAUAAAUCUGAGGCAAAAGUGGUGUUGAACCGAGAUCCAGCAGAUGGCUCCCCCUUAAAGCUGAAAUCCAUCCAAGAUGUGCUCUAUGAUACUGAUGUGACGGAGAAGUCAGACGUUAAAGAAGGGGAUUCAUCAGUUUGUCAAGAAACAACCACAAGUCAUAUAGCUGCUGUCCAUAAACGUUUGGGACGUCCCUCAGGUUGUCCUGAAGUUAAGGCUACAUUGAAAGAGACAACAGCCACAGAAGGGGACACUACUGUUCUUGAAUGUACUGUAAUUAGCUCCCCUUUACCAGCUGUCUCAUGGUUCAGGGGAGACAACCUAUUGUCUAAUGAAAAGGAUGGUGUAAAGAUGGAUUUUGAUCCAGAUACAGGGAAAGCAAGUCUUACAAUCCAUCCAGUCUCUUUGAAAGAUGCUGGACAAUAUAAAUGUAUGUUUGAAAAUCAACUGGGAACUGCAUCCACUAAUGGAAGAUUAAUCAUAAAAAAGACAACUUCAGGGUUGCCAUCAUUUUUCACCAAAUUAGCAGACGUCACAGUUUGUGAAGGCCACUCACUUUGCCUGGAAUGUCAGGUGUCAGAUACUGACACUGUUUUAUGGUACAAAGAUGGUGCUAUUCUACGUAGUAAUUCUGAUUUCAAACAGACAUUUGAUGGAACAGAAGCAAAACUUGAAAUCACAGAAAUAUUUCUGGAUGAUUGUGGCACAUACUCCUGCGCUGUAAAGAGUUCUAAUGGAGAGGAAAGAUGUUCAUGUAAAGUGACUGUAGAAGAGUCAGAAUCUCCUGAUGUAGUUUAUCCUGUGUUCUUGAAAAAGCCGGAAACAACUAUAGCCAAUGAACGUGACCCUGUUAUCAUUGAUUGUGAGGUUAUCGGUUCUCCGGAAGUAAAUAUUACCUGGUAUCGUGAUGGGUCAAAGGUCACAGAGGAUGGUCGUCACAGGAUGUCUUUUGAUGGAAGGGUAGCCAUGUUGGUUAUACGGAAAGUAACUGUGGGAGACAGCGGGAAAAUUGAAUGUUUAGCAGAAAAUUCUUCAGGGAAAGUUUCAGCACAUUGUCACCUUGUUGUCAAAGCACUGAAGUCUGCGCCUUCCUUGACUCAGCCGCUAUCUGAUGUUACCGUGAUCAGCGGCAAGAAGGCUUCACUAACAUGUAUCAUCAACGGUGAACCAAAACCAGAGAUUACUUGGCGGAAAAAUGGGCUCAUUAUUGGACAGAUGUUUGAUUUCAAGCAGACAUACAAUAACCAUGUGGCUGAACUGGAAAUCAGCGAGACUUGUGCCAGAGACACAGGUUGUUAUGAAUGUAUUGCAGCCAAUGAGAAAGGAGAAAUUUCUACCUCAUGUCAGCUGACUGUGCAUGAUGAAAAUGUGCAAGUAGAGAGAAGCAUUACACCUGAAGUGGAACCACAAAAAGUAACAGCAGAGAAAAGCUUCACAGCUGAAGUGGGAAAACAAAAAGUAACUGCAGAGAAAAGCUUCACACCUGAAGUGGAAAAACAAAAAGUAACUGCAGAGAAAAGCUUCACACCUGAAGUGGGAAAACAAAAAGUAACUGCAGAGAAAAGCUUCACACCUGAAAUGGGAAAACAAAAAGUAACUGCAGAUAAAAGCUUCACACCUGAAGUGGAAAAACAAAAAGUAACUGCAGAGAAAAGCUUCACACCUGAAAUGGGAAAACAAAAAGAAACUGCAGAGAAAAGCUUCACACCUGAAGUGGGAAAACAAAAAGUAACAGCAGAGAAAAGCUUCACACCUGAAGUGGAAAAACAAAAAGUAACUGCAGAGAAAAGCUUCACACCUGAAGUGGAAAAACAAAAAGUAACUGCAGAGAAAAGCUUCACACCUGAAGUGGAAAAACAAAAAGUAACAGUUCAGAAGGAGACAAUCCAGACUGCAGCAGUGAAAAAUUUUACAGUAAAGUUUGAACCUAGUAUGGAAGGUGAACACAAACAAGUUGCGAAAUCUCAGGCAUCAAAGGUGAUGCUUGUACGUCAAGGAAGCCUGCGAUCUUUAAGGAGGGAAAAUUCUGAGAAGUCUCUUGUAAGGACUGGAAGCUUACAGUCCAUUGAUACAUCUAUAAAAGCUGAAGAGUCUAAGAGAUCAAUAGAUUUAGAGAAGCCAGACAAGUACAGUAAUGCUGAGGAUAAUAGACUUCUAACAAACGGUCAUUCUACAGAAAGCCAGAAUAAAUCUUCAGUUAAAGCUUUUCAUACAUCCAAAGGGAAGGUUGACAUUAAUAAGAAUUAUGGAGGAAAACAUAAUGCAAAUCUUCCUGAACCAGAUGAAGACAAAAAUGGUUCUGAAAUUAAAAACUAUCCCAAAAACAAUGAAGAAAUAUUGAAAACUGUGAAAGCAGGAUCUAACUUGAGUUCACUGUGCUUAGAAAGUUCUAAUGUAAAAGAGGUAAAGCCUGUUGCAAAAUUCCGUACUGGGGGUGAAAUACGUAGAUCUCAGAGUGUACGUUCUUCAGGAAGUGAGAAACCAGAAUGGCUGCAAGUGAAAUUAAGAAAAGUUGGCAGUAAACCAAGUCCUUUAGCAGCAGAAAGAGAAAAAUCCAAAACUCAAUCUCAGGACAGUUCUAAUAAAGAAACUAUUGUUACAAGUGAAUUACCAGUAAGUGUUCAAAGAGAAACAAAACUUUCUCGAAGCCAGAGUGCUAGAAUUGUUGAUCGAAAUACAUCCCUGGCUCUCCGAGAUUCUACAAACUCCCCUUCCAAUCAACCAAACAGAGAUUCUGUCAAACUGACCCCUGUGUCAGAAAGAGCAAAGAUCUUCCAAAUGAGGGAUACAAAUUCUAGCAGUAGUUCUUCAGGGAAAUCCAGUCCAGUCGACAUUAUAGCAAAAGCAAUAAAUCUGAGUAGGACAGAAAGUCUGCGGUCUCCUGUAGGAAACAGGUCACUUGGCAUUCAACGUAGCCAUAGUUUCAAGAUUGAGGCACCCUCAUCUAGUCAAGGAGAUGUAACUCUGGAGCUUACCCCACAGAAAGAACAGAAACAGGAGGACAAGUCUGAUUCGGGCUCGACCCGUAAAGAAGUCAAGUACUGGGACCCUUCUGCCCCAUCCUCUACCAAGAUGGAUUACUCUACAAUCACAGAUGAGGAGCAGUUGAACCAACUGCUCAGCAAAUCAGACAACUUUGAUGAAAGGAAAAAGAUCAGAGCACGUAUAAAAGAAUUGAGAGAACAGCAUAUGAAAGAAUGGGAGGCUAAACGUGCAGGAAGACCGGAACCUGAAGAUGCCAUCAAAAGGAAACAUCGGGAGGCAGAUUUAAUGAAACAGCAGAAACUUCAGCAGUUUCAGAAGCAAGCUGCCCAAACCCAUGAGUCCAAACAUCUUGAUUUGGCUGAACAGCAGUUAAGGGAUAGGUUGAAACUGGCAGAGGAAGAGAAGAAGAGAACAUUAAAGGAAUUAUCAGGUGCUGGGGCAACUCACCAUGAUUCACCACAUUUGGCGAUAUCAGAACGUGCCCUACAAGAAAAAAUAAAACAGGCCGAUAUAUUAAAAAAGAAAACGCUUGAUUCAUAUGACCAAGCUGCCGGCAAGACUGGUAUGUCACAAACGUCAACAGUGAAAACUGAAAUAUCGAGAGAUGGUAAGAGUGUAACGACAACGCGGAAAGUAGAAACUGUGACAAAAGUUGGUGGAGCUACUGGAAAACCUGCAGAAGAUAUAGCACCCCAGUUGGCUCAACAAAUAAUAAAAGCAGCCGGCAAUGUGAGCGGUGUCCUCACUGUGAAAACAGAAUCCUGGAGCAGUAAAGACAAUGUGACACACACGUCUGAGAAAACAGAAUCGUGGGGAGGUCGUGGUGGUGCUAUGAAUGCCUUUAAGGCUAUGGAUGCAAAGAACGCACCAAAAACUAACUUGGCCCCAGGUGCUGGUAGGGGAGCAAAUAUUACCAGGAGCCCUAGUGCCAUAAAGACUAUGUUACUGGAAUGGUGUAAAGCAAUGACUCGUGAAUAUACUGAUAUUAUUGAAAUUACAAAUUUCUCCACUUCCUGGAAUAACGGUCUCGCUUUCUGUGCAUUGAUCCACCAUUUCUACCCAGAAGCCUUUGAUAUCCGAUCUCUCGAUGCAAAACAAAGACGAAAGAAUUUUGAACUUGCUUUUGACACAGCAGAGAAGCUAGCAGAUAUUGCACCAUUAUUGGAUGUUGAAGACAUGGUGCGGAUGCAGAAACCAGACUGGAAAUGUGUGUUUACCUAUGUUCAGAGUUUCUACAGAAAAUUAAAUGCACAUGAAAGAAAUAAAGCUGCAGCGUAAAACAGAGAAAGGUCAAGGACAUUCUAAAAGUUUCGUUAAGUUUUUGGGAAGUCUUUCUGAAAAACCUACAAAAUUCAGUGUUUGUCGCUAAAAUUCUUCUUAACCUAUUUUAUUUGUAUCCUGUGAAGGUCAGUAUUAUUCUCACUGCAUCAGUAAAAUGACAAUAUAAUAUUUUGAUAGUAGAUUCGGGUAUACUUCCGUUGUCUUAUUUCCAUAGAAAACAGAAAAUCUUUCUACUGAAAUAAAGACUGAUUUCUUAGAAAAAUGGAUUUGCAUUUAGCAGAAAUUGUUCAUGAGUAUGGUGCUCUCUAUACAUUCAGGGGAAAUUACUAUGAAGUUCAGCUAUGCAGACAUUGUUUAGUUAUAUCUGUGUUAAAAUAUUUUUCAAAAGAUUCUUUGCGAUAUUUCUGCGAUCGGUGUAAAGUUUGUUUUACAUAUGUACAACUAUUUUGUUGCUUAUCUGUCCUCAGUCUUGCAGUGUGGAAUAUUCCAUUCUGAAAUAUAUGGGUGGACUGGCUUAUUCCAAAAAAUCUUGUUAAUUGUGAGAUAUGUAACUUACACUUCGGGAGCUACUCUUUGUAUCUAAAAAUAUGCCAAUGUACAGAUUUUGUUUACUCAAUAUACCUGACAGUACUGUUACAGAAUACUGUAUUAAACUGUUAUGUGUAACCUACUCAAAGAAAAUGAAAUUUAUUGAUAAUAAAGUUGUCAACCAGUGUUUUUGCUUAGAAAAAAACAAUGACACUUGUCAAAAGAUGAAAAUCAACUGUAACUAUUUGAUAUAUGCAAUAGUUGCAAAUGGUCAUAUAAAUGCCAAAUGUUGUCAUUGAUGAAGCGUUAGCAUUUUUUGCAUUAUCAGCAGAUGCACAGAGUUUACAGACGGCAAACAGUUUUCUUCAUGUCCUCUGCAUUUUAGACACUGAAGUAGCUCCCUUGUAUAGUUUUGGCAAGGAAAGUUUUUAAUGCUAUUAUAUGUGUAUGUGCUAUAUUUAGUAACAUUCAGGUAACAUUAUAAAUAGAAAAUCAACUAUGCAAUAUAUUUUAUGCAUUUUUAGUUAACUCUUACACAUUUAUCGCAUAAUGCAGUGUCUUCUCAUUGCAUUGCAUUUCUUUCUCAUCAUUGUUCAAAUUAUUAAAUGCUUUAAAAUAUCUAUAAAAACUGCGUGUUUGGUUUUUAUCCACUACAUUAUCUACGAAAUUUUUUCUCAGUAUUUCGUUAAUAUUUCAUUAUUUUUUGGUCUCACAAUAUUACAUUUAUAUAUCUGUACCAGCUUUUUGCCCAUUACCAGUUUGGAUUGUAUAAUCUUUUAUUGAUAUGUCAAAACAUCUUGAACUUUUUUGUACCUAGGUAAAAUUUUAUGGUGUUCAGAAUUUGUAAAUAGCAACUGACAUGCAGGAAAUAUAUAGAAUGUUGAUAUAUAUUAGUGAUUUAUUUAUCUAACUGCCAUCUAAAGUCUGUUUCUCCUAAUUCACAUUACUACAAUGUCACUAUGUGUUAGCAUCUAACCUUUUUGUAACAUAAAAAGACACCGAGGUGUAAUGUAGCCACACAAUCAAAGCAGGUUAAGUAAUUGUAACAUAUAAAAUGUGCUUAGAAGAUGGUGUUGAAACACUGAAAUGUGUGUAUAAUGGACAGUUUUAGGGAACCGAAUCAUGUAUUAGCUUUGUUGAGAAAAAUAUUGAUUACGUGUAAAAAUUUUGAGCUUUUCCUUGAAUUUUUCUAAGGAGACAUUUUCGCCUUUUUAUCUAGUCUCCUAUCAUAGGAUACUCGGCAAAAGCUGGUGUAAAACACAUGUUAAGUCAAUUUGAUAAACUGUCUUUACUAGAAUAUGACAUAAUUAUAUACUGUUUACAGUUUGUACAAUAUUUAUUGCAAUAAUUGUAAGGCAUUAUCUGUCAUCCGUGAUCUUUUUAGUGUUUAACUCUGUCUUCCCUUCAUUUCCGUCAUUAAGCAGAAAGUCUAUAAGCAUGUGAUGUUUAGCGGAUGUUCACCCUCUACCAUCUUUGAAAAUGCUUCUGUGCCAAUACAGAUCUAACUGAAAAACUCCCUAUAUGACUUAAUUGUUUGGGCUAAAGUGUUUUAUAUAAUAUUCUCAUGAUGCCAAAUAGAAGUCUAAAUGCAAAACUACUGUAUUUUACUUUGGUCAGUACUACCAUUUAUAAAGGGAUUCACGGUCGACUGGUUUUCAGCUGUUUUGCUUUAAAUAAUUUUAUACAUUUAAAUUUUGUUUUUAAAAAUGAAAUGUUAAUUUGUCAGACACAUUUUUAACUUUUUGCUUUCAUUCUGAUUUUAUAUUUCUUUUACUCCUUUUCUCUGUUCACGUAGAAAGUAAAGCAGAAGAAAAGAGGCUGAAUAAAAAAGUAUUUUAGUAUGUUUUUAACUAAAACCAGUUUUAUAAGAAGAGACUCAGUAAUUUUGCAUUGAUUCUUCCAGAACUAUUGUGUGAUGCAAUGUAUGUAUUUGUUAAGCUGUAUAGAUAAAAGAGAUUAUUUUAGAGUUAUUUUUUUCUGCCAUUGCAUGUUGAUCUGUUACUGUAGUAUAUUGUUAUGUAUAUUUAUUUGUAGAUAGGUUUUUAUAUAAAAAAUGUUAAAAAUUAUCUCAUGACUUACAUCUCUUACAAUAACAAAUCAUGUGAUAGUUUUAAUUGCUAUAGUGCACUUUACUCUAGACAGGAUUUUUAAAUAAAUAUAACCAAAUUAUUCAAAUACUCCAAACCAUGUACAUGUAUAACAUAUUUUAUAUGUUGUAGACUUCAAUUAUUCCUUUUGUUUUAGCAUAAUGAAUGUAUUAUAUAGAACUUAAACUAUUAAAUUUAAGUAUAACCUUUUGUUAAUUUUACCAGAUGAAAGGCUGACGUAUUGUGCAUUACCAGGUUAUACAUAUAAAGAAAACUUGGUUAAAAUUUUCUUUCUUACUGUAUUUUUAUAUACUUGAUUUUAAAAUGGAUCAUUUUUUUUUUGUCUCAUUUUAUAGGGGAGUAUAUACAUUAAAUAGUUCAAGGACGUUCAUCUUAACUGUUAACUAAAGUAUAAUAUACAUGUAAAUAUGAAAUAUAUUCUGUUCAGUUCUAAACACUGCUCUAACAAUUUGUAAUAAACUAUACCUCAUGAUUUAUAUUUUUUGUCUCUUUAUACCUUUUUAUGUUAAUAUCUAUGAUAUAUAAGCUCAUUUAAUCACGCCUAUGAAAGUUUACAAAAAAUAACAAUUCUCUUCCAUUUAUUUUAGUAACUUCAAUUUUAAGUCAUAUGACAUAACUGCACUGUGUUGUGUUAACUGUAAGAGUUCAGUUUUUAGAAGAGUUUUUAUGUACACAAUAAAUAAAUGAAGGUUUGAAAAAAA